AUGUCGACUUCGGCAUUCCUCCCAAACGCAACAAGCUCGUUCGCGUCCAGCCCCGCCGACUUCUCCCAUCACCGCGUCUCGUACUCUUCCUUCUCUGACGCCUCACAACCCUCGACGAGCACCUCACAGUCCGCCUACACUCACCACUCAGCCACCCGAUCCCCACACUCGUCUUCUUCGUCCGUCUCGUCUCGCACGGAUUCGAGCUCGCCGUCGAUGAACAGCAAUAGCUCCCUCUUCGAGGAUGGGUCCAGUCGUGGGAGGUCGCGGCGGUUGACGAACAGUAGCCGAGGAGGCGGACCUCGCAGCGCGGAUGGGAGUGUCGGCAGUCUUGCGACGACCAUCAGCACGGGGAGUCCGGCUAUGGAGGCGAAGGAACUUGGUGUGGGUGAUGGAAAGGCGGAGCACGCGGACGAGGAGAUGAAGGAUGAGGAAGCGCCGCUUCGGAUGAAGGAAGCGCGACGACGACGGAGCGGGAGCGGCGCGAUGGACAUCUCGACUUUGUCGGUGCGCGAGGAGGAGGAUGAGGGAACCGAGCCGCAAGAUCAGGGCUCCAGCGGGGGCGACGAAGAGCGACCGCCGGGUGCAGGCGGGGAAUUGAGCGGGAGCAGCGAGCAUCUCGGUGUCGAGGAGACGAACGCCUCGAAGACGCGACGAGCGUCAGUGUUGUCGUCGAGCAGCUCGAUUGUGCGGACGACGGAGGUGAGCGAGGGACAGGAGUCGGGGCGGAAUGGGCGACGGAAGGCGCCGAGGAUGGGCAGCUUUCAUGGCGGCGAUGGCGGUCAGACGCCUGCUUCCACGUCGUCGAGCUCGACUCCUGCAGCGCCAGAGGCGACUUCCCAGCGCUCUUCGCCGGACCAGUCGCCUGAGCAGUCAGCCGUCCAGCCCAAUACCGCUCCAUCCGCCCACCACGUCGACAUCGUCUCCUACCCCUCACCCGAACUCCUCCGCCUCCUCGCCUCCCUCCUCGAGCAAAUUGCGCAAGCGAACGACGCUCGCAACGCUCGUGCAGCAGCAUCGGCAUCCGCCACUCCCCCCAAAGUCGCAGGCGAGACGUCGGCGACUCCGGCUCCUUCCGCCCGGCCUUCGUCCCGCCGAAGCUCGCUCACUAGCCAGUCUCAUGUCCAGCCGAUGUCGUCGGCGCGGUCCGACGGCGGCGAUAGCGAGGCAGACUGGAGCAAGGGCCGGUUCGAUGCUGCGCCGCUCAACACGCCUGUUACGCCGCGGUACAAGCGACGACUUGGAGGCGACGGUGGACCGGGGAUUCUUGACAAUGCGCUCGAUGGCGAGCUGGACGAGGACGAGCUGGCGGAGAGGGAGGACGAGAUGCCGCUCACGCCGGGCGUCGACUUGCUGCGUGAGACUGGUCCAGGCGGAGGCGUUCAAGGUUUCAUGCCGAGCCUUGGUGGGACGCAUGCGCCGCAGCCUUUGUCACGGCGGCGAGGAAGCAGCUUCAUCCGCAACAAGCGGAAUGAGGACGGCUCCACCCCUUCGUUCAGUCGACGAUCGAGCGCAGCGCAUACCUCGUCCGCUUCCUCUGCCCCAUCGCCAGCCUCGCAAGCGGCCACUACAGCAGCCUCGCGACCGCCUCCUGCGCCGACUGGCGCCUCACCUCAGCCUUCGACCGGGCCAACCUCGAACGAGCAACCCUUGUCUUCCCUCCUCACCGCCUCCGCCGUCGCCCUCUCCUCGCCAAACGCGACUCUCUGCUUUCACGCACGCAACGUCCCAGCCAUCUCGAUCGAGGCGUACCUCCAACGUAUCCUCAAGUACUGCCCGACGACGAACGAGGUCUUCCUCGCUUUGCUCGUCUACUUCGACCGAAUGGCGCGCAUUGGACUUGAGGCGCAAAGGCUGGGCUUGCCGAAGGACCAGCAGGGCAGUGCGGAUGCGUCGGCGGACGUGCCGAACCCGAGCAAGCUGUUCGCUAUCGACAGCUACAACGUCCACCGUCUGGUCAUUGCGGGGGUAACAGUCGCGAGCAAAUUCUUCAGCGACGUCUUCUACACCAACUCGCGAUAUGCCAAGGUCGGUGGUCUGCCGCUGCACGAGUUGAACCAGCUGGAGCUGCAGUUCCUCCUUCUCAACGACUUCCGGCUCAAGAUUUCGGUUGACGAGCUACAGCGAUACGCCGACCAGUUGAUCCUGUACUGGGUCGGACGAAACGGCGACUCGAACCCGACUGCGGCGGCAUCAGCAGCGUCCUUCGCCUCGUCUCAGCCUCGCGCACAUCCCGGCCCGCCGCCAGGUACACCCAGUACCGCCAUCGAGACGCCCCCACUCACGAGGUCGGCAGUCGCGGCAGCUGCAGCGCAGGCGCAGGCAGCUUCGUCGACCUCGACGCCGCAGAGCUCUACCUCGUCGCCGUACCCUGCCCACCUCGCGCACUCCUCGACCGCCUCUGUCGGAAGCGACGCGCAGAGUACGCCGACGAGCAAGCCCUUCGCGACGGGUUCAGGCUCGGGCACGACCUCCGCGACAACGUCCUCCUCCGCCGCUUUCCGACCCUCGCCGCAUCGUCCCCGCAGCAUUCGUAGCCAUCCGAGCACUAGCAGCAGCUUCUCCUCCAGCACAGUCACGCCCGGCACGCCAAGCACGACGCGGACGCUCGGGAGCAGCGGGGACAGCAGCGACGACGAGGACGACGGGCCGGUCAGUGCAGGGUUCCGUUCGCGACGGCAGAGCGGCAGUACGAGCGCGAUGGAUGAGGAUUAG